AUGAUCCUGAACGGCACCAUCCCUCUGUCGGUGGAUUUUGACUCUGUGGGUGACUUCUUUGUGUUCAUCUUCCACAUCCUGUUCGCCACCAGCGCGGUCCUAGUUGCCGGCUCGGUGGCCCUAGGUAUCGCCUCCAGCCGUUGGCUGCGUGUCCAGAACCGUUUCAUCUUCAUGCUCAACACCAGCAUGAGCGACACGUUGACUGGCUUCUCGGUCUACUACCUGGGCCUGUUUGAUGUCCAGGAGGGCUACCCAUCCCGUAAUGGAACCUUCUACAUCCUCCCUUCUUUCCUAGGUGUCAACGUGCUGACCUUCCUGUUCGCCCAGUUUGACCGUUACCUGGCUGUGUGUCACCCAUUCUUCUACAACCGCUAUAUCAGCCGCUCGCUAGUGAUCGGUGUGUGCGCCUUCUGCUGGAUCUACACCUACUCCAUCCUCACCGUGCAGAACAUGGUGCCAAUCUCCAAGGCGGCCCAGAUCAACGCCUUCGGGGUCAUGACCCUACAGAUCAUCGUGUUGGUAAAGGUUCUGAUGACUAUCAAGCUGUAUGUGAUUGCCCGGAACCAUCUGGCCCGAGAGCCGCCCAGCGCUGAACGGGACAACAAGAGGGAGUCGCUUCGGAUCAUCGUCUUCGUGGUUAUCUGCUUCCUGGCCCUGUGGUGCCCCUCGUUUGUCAACAUCAUCGUCAGGCAGCUCACCCGGACCGGGAUCCGCUUCCGUAACGAGGCCACCAACCUGUUUGCCAUCAUGGCGCGCCUCAACGCCCUGGUUACGCCGGCUCUGUAUAUCUGGGGUAGUCCAGCUCUCAGAGGGGCCGUGUGGAGAGUCGUGUGGCGACGGGUGUGUCCCAGACGGAGGGCCAGAGUUGAUUUAUCUUCAAAGGAGUGA